AUGCCAAAUGCUAACGACCACUUCCAUGGCCGUCAUUACCACGCUGAGCGCACAACUGGCCCGGUCAAGUCUCUCAAUCCAACGAAGCGAUAUUUAAUUGCCGACAAAAAGGUACUCAAUGCUGACUCUGGCGCAAGAACGGUUCAAGAGGAGUCGCGACCGGGCGGAAAGAGUCCUGGAGUUGCCUAUGUAUGGAGAAGUCGCGACAACAGAAAAGGGCGGCAUGCGCUGGCCAUCAGCGUUGAUCCUAGAAAACAUGAAGCAACGAAAGGUCCAAGGCCAUCGAAUUCGUAUCACCAGACUUUGCGUGGUAUCUUGAAGAUGUUUGUUAGAUAUCCAGUCUGGGAUGUAUCGUACGAUGUCGCUGUCGUCUUCACAAUAGGAUCGAUUAUCUGGGUCAUCAAUGGAUUCUUCUCCUGGCUACCCGUUCUAAACCCCUCCACGAAAUUCUCGGACUGGGCCGGCGGAUUGUCAGCCUUCAUCGGCGCUACGAUCUUUGAGUUUGGCUCAGUACUACUAAUGCUUGAGGCAGUCAAUGAGAAUCGUUCAGAUUGCUUUGGGUGGGCUGUUGAAGAAAGUGUAGAUGGAAUUCUUCAUCUCAAUCACGCGCAUAAUUGCAAGCAUGCACAUGCCCAGAAGAGAACAUUUGUGAAGCAAAGCGCUAAAACGUUAGAGAAGAACACAACGGAAGUAGCGGGAAAUGAUCGAAUGUGGUCUUGGUGGCCGACGUGGUAUGAACUGAGAACGCACUAUUUCUUCGAUAUAGGCUUCUUGGCCUGCUCUUCGCAGACAUUCGGCGCCACGGUAUUUUGGAUAUCAGGUUUUACAGCACUUCCGCCUAUCCUCAAUAGUCUUUCUACACCAGCUGAGAACGGCGUCUACUGGCUCCCUCAAGUUAUCGGUGGCACGGGUUUCAUCGUCUCGAGUAUCCUCUUCAUGCUCGAAGUUCAGCCUCGAUGGUACAUUCCCGCUCCGGGAGUUCUUGGAUGGCACAUUGGACUAUGGAAUUUUGUCGGAGCUAUCGGAUUCACUCUCUGUGGUGCGCUGGGCUUUGGCAUCACGCAUCCGGGUGUUGAGUAUGCGCUCACGUUGGCAACGUUUAUAGGUUCAUGGGCGUUUCUGAUUGGCAGUGUGAUACAAUGGUAUGAGAGCCUUAACAAGUAUCCAAUCUGGGUGGAUAAGAAAAUUGAGCGGCUUGGACGACAAGCGAGCUGA